GUCAGAUCAGGUUAAAAUCCAUCGUCUCUCCACCUCGCAGCGGCGUCUGAGCUCCGCCAUGGCCGAUCGGACAGCAGGCACCCAAAGCCCGGACAACCCCGGCCACUCGGUGUUCAGGAGGCUGACUGGGCUGCCGGCGGGCAGCUUCUGGAGGGAAGUGAGAGAGAUCUGCCGGCUGGCCGGCCCAGUGUUCCUGUCACAUCUGAUGGUCUUCACUAUAAGUACAGUCAGUACCAUAUUCUGUGGGCAUUUAGGGAAGACUGAGUUGGGUGCUGCUUCGCUUGCCACAUCGAUUGUAUGUGUAUCAGGUAUCUCAGUAGGUGUUGGCCUGUCUUUAGCCUGUGACACACUCAUAUCUCAGACGUAUGGCAGUAAAAACUUGACGCAAAUUGGGGUGAUUCUCCAGAGAGCGAUUCUCAUUCUGAUGAUAUUCUGCCUUCCCUGCUGGGCAAUCUUCAUUAACACUGAACUCAUCCUGUUGGCCUUCAAGCAGCCUCCUCAGGUUGCAAAGCUAGCACAGCUCUACGUGAAGAUAUUUAUUCCUGCUCUUCCCAUGACGUUUCUUUAUGAGUUGGAGAGCAGAUACCUUCAGAAUCAGGGGAUUAUUCUGCCUCAAAUUUUCACUGGUUUCGUUACCAACAUCUUUAACGCUGUGAUUAAUUACGUCUUGCUCUAUGUUCUGGCAACGGGAGUCGCAGGUUCUGCUGCUGCAAACGUAGCUUCCCAGUACUGCCAAGCCAUUGUCCUCUUUGUGUACAUUCAAUGGAAAAAGUUGCACGUUCAGACCUGGGCAGGAUGGUCCACCGAGUGUCUGCAGGAGUGGGGCCAAUUCAUGCUGCUGGCUGUCCCCAGCUUAUUCAUGGUGUGUAUUGAAUGGUGGACAUUUGAGAUUGGUAUCAUCCUUGCAGGUUUAGUAAAUGAAGUGGAGUUGGGAGCCCAGACCAUUAUUUAUCAGGGUUUAUCAGCAGCAUACAUGAUCCCUCUGGGAUACAGUGUGGCUGCAAGUGUCCGCGUGGGUAAAGCUUUGGGUGCUCAAAAGACAGAGGAGGCUAAGACCUCUGCCCGUGUGGCGCUGUGGUGUGCUGGAGUCUCUGCUUUGGUGAUUUCUUCGAUAAUGGCAGCUAUGAAGAAUGUGGUGGGCUACAUCUUUACCACUGACAAAGACAUUAUCCAAUUGGUUGCUGAACUCCAUCUAUUAAUUGCUGCUUUCCACUUCUUUGAUGCCAUGUCUUGUGUUAGAGGCGGAAUCUUAAUAGGGACUGGGAAACAAAAGUUAGGAGCCAUUGCCAGUCUAAUCGCCUUCUACUUGAUUGGAUAUCCCAUUGGGAUAUCAUUGAUGUUUGCAGCAAAACUCGGUGUCUUAGGCCUUUGGUCUGGUUUGUUCAUCUCGGUGACACUGCAGGCCAUCUUCUUCCAGAUAGUGAUUUCCAAACUGAACUGGAACAAAGCCACGUAUCAGGCUCUGAUUAACGCGGGUGUGACGAGUGGCAUGAACUCGCCGAGCAUAACCUCCAGUCGCCACACAGAAGAAAAUGUUGAGGAAAUGGAGAGCCAUGCAGAAGCAGGACAGCUCAUCGAAGACUCCUGUGAGCCACAGGCUACUGUUGUGGUUGGAGACCUCUUGUCCUUGAAGCAACUGAUCCUUCGCCGCAGCCUGGCUUUGAUCUCAGGGCUAAUUGUACUUACGAUUGGACUUGUGAUACACUUUACUGUAGGCACGGGUACGUAAACCCCCAUGUCCUUGACAGAUGAGCAGAGCUUGGUGGCACUUGACUGCUACAGGAGGGGAGCGGUUGGUCUGGCACUUUUGAACAAAAGUGAAACAGAAGUCAAAAGUUAGCAAGGAACCUGACUGGUACAGAAGCAGACGUGUUUUGUAAUUCCUACAAAAUCCAGGGCACUACUCUGAACGGGGUGGUGGUGAUCUUGUGCAUUCUGUUGCUUGGAAUGGGGAAGGCUUUAUCUGAAUGAUAUCUGCAAAAGGCAAUGACCCAGAGCUGCCAGUGCAUUUCUGACAGUAACUUCAUGCUCUACAAAAUUCAGUCAUGUUCUGUAUACCACUGUGUGUGGAAAUAAAUCCAUCUUCACCUACUGA